CAAGUUGAAUGAAGGAUCGAUUCAGGACCUACUAGAUUGUAUGUCAUCUUCGACCAGAGGUAGAGCUAGACCCGGAAAGCGAGAAUAUGAUUGUUUUUGAGACAUUGCUUGAAUAAAAGCAGACACUGAGUCUUCAAUAUGACAUAUCGACGCCCUUCUUUUUAUCUUCACCCACCGACUUUUAAGUAGUUUUACAAACGCAAUUUGCUUUCGUUUCUACUUCGAUAAAAGUUGGCAGGUAGUGUGUUUAUGAUUCCCCGAGAAUUUUUCCCCAAGUUUGAAUUUCACUUGUUUGUCUCGAAGCCCUUUGAAAGCAACACCAGAACUGCCAGUAUUACUCAAUUACUGUGACUUGUUCGUUGGCUACUCUAAUCUAUUUAGUACAGCAGUCCUCAUCUCACGAGUACGGCUACCCCCACGUGUGUCGCGGGCGAAAAAGUAAGAGAUUUCGGCAGAGGGCUCGCCCAGGAUGCCGCCUAAAGAGAAAACCAAAGAACAGAAGGCCGCAGAGAAAGCUGCGAAGGAGAAGCGCGCAAAGAACGCCGAGGACAAAACUUUUGGGUUAAAAAAUAAAAACAAAUCUAAGGCGGUGCAGCAGCAGAUCAACCAAAUAAAGUCCUCCGCAACGGCCGCAGAUCGCAAGCCGGGCCAGAAUAAGAAUGAGCAAGACAAGAAAAAGGAGAGCGCCAAGCAAAUGCAACAGCAAGCACUGCUGGCCGGCUUGUUUAACAUGGCAGUAGACAAAAAGGGACGAGCCUUUGAUCCGCAAGCAAAAAAGAAAGCCAAAGAAAAAAACAUGGAAGAGGAAAGAAGCGGAGCAAAUUUGCCUGAAGAGGUGCAAAAGGUACAAGAUAGAUAAAGAAUUUGAGUUUUUGGAUUUUCGUUCGUUCCAUUCCUGUGAACGCCAUGAAAUAUCAAGACAAACACAAAAGGACAGACGAGACUCUUUGCAAAAGUUCUGCCGAUGAAAGCUGUCGUGGACAUCCUUCCAGCCAAAACAAACAAAGCGACUUAAUCAACCACAGGCCUUCAUCGAGGGAAUCAAAAACGGAAUUCGGAUGACCAACGCAAAGGGAACGAAUUUGAGUCAAAUAUGCGGCACAGCCUACGUUAUCAAAUGGAAGUAUGUGUGGGUCUGACAGAUAAAGAUUGUAGAAGUAAGUUUGUCAUGCAGUUUUUCCAUGCCCAUGCCCUUCCCCUUGCGCUUGCCCGAUGACAUCCGGAAUGUAUGACCUGGGGCCACAGCUUCGGCGACGGCUGUUUUGCAGUGCCUAUCUUGAACGAGAAACUUCUUCCGCUCAAAUUGACUCGAGUAGCUUGCUGUGGUAGUCAUGCAGGAUUGAGUGCACAAGAUAUGCCAGCAUGCAUAUCUCAAGAUCCAGACAUAUUUGCAAUGCAUGCACGUUCGCGACGUCCUGGAGGACCCGAAAUAUAAGAAGCAUCUGGAGACAGUAUUUAAGCACUUAGAAUGUUCUGUUGAAGAUGAAAAGUAUUUGCUCUAGAAGUAUAUUUUCUUAUUCAUCUAGUCUGCAGCAUCGGAAUUUCUUGGUCGUGUAGAGCGAUCUUAAAAAGGCAGCCCGCCACGGCAGACGUAUGGAUUUAGAAUGAAGCAAAAACUUGGUGAAUGUCAACAUGAAUGUGCUUUCAGGUGACGACGCUUCACUUUAUCAGGAGACAUAGAGUCCAUUUUAACAUUGGCGAAGACGAUGCUGACAACCAGAAUCCAAGCGUGCGCUUAUCCAAGUUAAAAACUCUCCCUCCCCGAAUAUGAAUAUAUAUUGACAAAUACAAAGACAUGUCUGCCGCUGCAUGAUUUGCGUACACAGAUUACGAUUAGCCUUGUCCUCCAGAAGGGGACUGCGCACAUAUAAUUCUUGAUCUGUUGGGAGGUGUACCGGUCUAGGCGCGGAGCAUGGCACGCGCCUCCUUCGUCUGUUGAGAAUGCCCGGCGUAGCCCUUGCCUUCCCUGUAUGCAAGACAAGAAAGCGCCGGAUCUUGACGCGAUCGGUCUCUCCGAAGCCCCAGCCCCAAGUAGUUGCUCUAAAAGAGUUGCUUGCUUUUAGGCAACGUCAGCUUGCCUUCUUGCUUGAUAAAAUAAACCUAGACGCCGGACUUCCCCGAAAAAAAUCCGCGUCGCAAACGUUCCCGCAAAGGAGUCCCGCUGCAUGAUUAUGGUUCAGCUUGUCCGCGUUGCCGUCCGCCUUGAUGUGAAAGCGUGUGACUUCGUCACCAUCACCUUUUCAAAGUAGCGCAAUGAGCAAUAUGAGUGCGUCUAUUUUUUUCGGGUUGCCUUGGUCAGCUCGCCAGGGUGUAACUCCUGACUGGUGGCGGGACUUCAUUCAACGAACGGAGGGGCUCGAGUCCACUUCAGCGUGAUUGCUGCGCAAUCAGUAUGGGUCGGAGGUCAGAGCGUUUAGUACUGUGAGCCGUAAGGAUGAUCGCGUGGUCGAUCCUUGGCCUCCAGGUCAAAGAAUAGGACAAACAAGUCCCGGCUCCUGUGCGUGUGCUGGUAGUUCCGCCCCGUUCUCCGGAAUGUGCGAAACAUGCCAGCCCCCGAAUGAAGCAUGGCCCAAUGAUCGAAGGUGAGGGCGUUCCGCAACCGAAUGACGAAAAAACCUGGCCUCAGUCAACGACGUUACCACUAGGGUAUUACGGCAGGCUAUUCCUGCCGCGCGUCGGAGGAGGGAGUUGCGCCGAGCCCCGCUCGAGCUAAUCAUCAUCAUCCAGCCGAAAAGACUAGAGCGCCUUAUCGGAAGAGGGCAAUUAUAUAAGAGCAAUAUUUGUGGCCUCACUUGUGCCAGUUCGGUGUUUCACCACAACGCUAUAUUAUAGAUAUGCCUCCGCCUGGCGGGUACACAAGAGGCGUCAGUUACGCCAAUGCCAAUGGUGUCGUGUAAAGACCAGCCGACUCGCCACCCCCAGCCAGGUUGAUCGGCACCGUGGUACGUGCGUAACCCGGUCGAUCUCCGGAAAAAAACCCGCUUUCGUUGCAGUCACAAGUUUAUUUUCGUUUCGUAUUCUAUUACGAUCCAAUUCCAAAACCAAUACCAAAUCCAUAUGAGGAGGUGGAGUUUUUCCGUAUCAUGACGCUGUCAAGAAGAUGUAGAUGCAGAGGAUAACAAAGACGAGCGGGACAUGUUUCUCAUCUUGGAAGAAAAGCGACAGCCUUUUUUCGGCGACACGAGCCUGAAACGCGUAGAUAUGGCGUUCCUGAAAGCCUGGUGGCUGGAAUCAGCACGGCUCGAGCUCCGCCGCGACCCGGAUACGGGCGAAAUAAGAGAUGAGCCAACAAAGGUACAGCAAACGCUGUCGGCGAAUGAAAUAUAAGCGAGAGACGUAAAUCAAUAAUCUACGUAAAGACUCUGCUCGAACAAGACUGGUCCGAGCGGAGCGCGGCCGCUCUUCUGGACGGAUAUCGCCGCACUGCGGCUCUUCUAAGCCCACCACAUUGGGGACCGUGGCUCUUCUGAACCUACCAAUAGACCAAUCCAAAUAACCCAAAACAGACACAGCAAAAAACGCCACGGAUCGUGCCAGGACGCAGCAGCGAAAGGCGCGCCGGCACUACCACGACCCCGAUAGAAGAGCGGCCGUAGGAAUGCGCCACCGGGCCCGGCUAGACCUGCCUCAGGCGCGCGCCGUGGGCGCAGGGCGCCCGCGACCGGCCCCGGGCGGCACGGGCCCUACGAGCCACGCGCUUCCGGCAUAUCUAGAGGCGGUCCGUACCGUUGCCGAUCUGAAUUAGGACGUGACCAACGUUUGUUUCGGCCUGUCUCGACCGCUUCCAAGGGGAAGGGUCCUAGCCGCUAGUUGCCAUGCGGUAGUCAAAGCGCAGCCGCUAAACCGCAUGGGUCAAAGCGUAGCGCUUCAUCCACGCCCCGCCUUCCCGGUGUCGCCGGAAACCGUGACACGUGGAAGGGUGAUGCCCCGGGGAGGGACAGCCACCCAGCGGCGGUGGUCGCGAUUUGUUCUCCGCACGUGUCAUCGGGGUCGGCGAGUGAUCAUGGGGCCACUGCCAGGCUCCAAAUGUCAUACAUCCGACGAAGCGCAGCCUCGCGCACAUGGCGCCGACGCUCCCGAGCGCCACCUCAGUGCCAACUGACGGAGCCGCUUUUCCCCGUCAAGUUUCGCGUCGCACCAUGGCGCCACACAAAGACACGGGGCAGACGCUUAGCCGUGUCAUAGCAUUGCACCAAGGCGCCAGAAUGCGGCGCGGGCGCCGACCUGUGUCCAGGGUCUCAACAGCAAAAGGGGCAACAGGUACCCGUUGCCAAAAAUUGACUGCUGGCUGGCGCUUGUUUGCGAAUAUUUCUCAGCAUGUCCUGUGACCUCAGUCCUCCCGCCGAUGCCCCUGCGGACUGACGCGAGAAUCUCUGUCACGCUCAUGCCCAGACAGCGUCUGCAAAUGAAAACACCGCCGCAGGCCGGGCGCAUUUCGGCGGUCUGGACAUAAAUCGCAGCGCGUGGCCCGGUGGCGCCUGCUAACGUGGACGCACCACCAGAGUAGACGCGCGCAAGCAUACUCUUGCGUUUGGCUGCUGGUGACGGUAGGCAAGGCACCGGCAGGCCAAAAGGAAGCCUUCUCGAGUCGGAAGCGAUUCAAUGAAAUGGGGAGAGCGGGACAACUUGGGCGGGCCGAAAGCGAAGGUGAAACAAAAAACAGACGCACUGCGCCAGCCCCUCCAGGAGUUCUUGCAAUUUUCGUCUACCUGGACCCUCGGGGCCCUGCGGUAGCAAAACCAAAAUCUCUGCCCCGCAUUACCUAUUGUGGGUUUGCAGGCUCCACAUUUGUCGGCCUGGUGGGUUCAAAUAGUGGGGGGGUACACAGUUGUAUACUGCCCCUGUUGGUGGGUGAGGGUCUACUAGUAGUGCGAAGUCUUACAUUGAUGUGCUCUGUAAUAUGUAACUCGCGCAAAGAGAAAGAAGCCACAUCCGAAAAUGCAUCGAGUGUAAGCAAGCAGCAUCUUUGCGCUGGACUUCCGAGUUCAGGACAAUGCACCCGACCCCACGACUCAACAAAGUUUUUUCCAGAAGGAAUGACGAAAAACUCUAGAGCAAAACGUUUUAUUUGUACUGGUAGCUAAUGCAAACAAAAAUGACAGGCGAGAGGCAGACUUGCCGCGAAACCGACAGGCGAGCAGCUUUACAAAAUGAACCCGAACAUCUUCAUAUUUUGUGUAAAAACAUUUCCACCCCCCCUAAGCACGAAUAGUACUGUGAAAAUUAAAUGCAUACGCAGCACAUUGUGUAGGGUCCUUCGCGGGGCGCAGCUCUUCCACCCUGGCUCGGGCUGGCACUAUGCUUGCCUUCCGGCGCAGAGCGGACAUCAGACGCCGCGCUUCUCCUUGGAAUUUUCCUGAUGAAAAGUUGCUCGACCGAAUUCCAAAACACAAACAAUUGCGUCUAAAAAUAAAAACGAAAACGGUCCGCUGACACGUUCUGAGCAUGCUGAUUUGUAUCACAACUCUCAUCGGGUAGAAACGUUUUUACGCCGGAUAAUUCAAGCAUGCGGGUGCGACGGGGACGGAUGGCGCAGAGUCGACUACUACCAUGGCAACAAGCAACGAUCAAAAGGGAGAAACUCCACAGGAGUUGCCAGACUCGGACGAGGACGAAGUGGAGCGCGACGAAAGUGUUCCGGUCGGCCUAUCAAGCUGAAAAGUGCAUCUAGUCCAAGAUCGGAAGUAGGUGUUUGCACGAUUAUUGCAUGGCUUUCUCCACGGCAACCUUGCAUAACUACACAACUUUUCGAUACAGCUGAGCAUCACCCUGCGUUGGUUUGCGAAGUAGCAAACUCAAUGCCUGUAGUUGUAGUUGUAUCAAUGGUAAUCUUGAUCAUCAGCGCUGCUUGCCUCCAUUCAGAAACAAAAUGAACAGAAUGCGUCGAACUUUCUCUAUUUCCAUGCGAGCACAUGCAUCGCGGCGGUAAGUGAUACAUCGUACGUCCGGAUUGAGGGAACUUUUCAUUUUCAGAAGGCAAAGCCUGGGGGGAGAGUAAGGACGUAGCAGAGCUCGAAAGCGAAAAGUGGUAUUAUUAGUAAUAUUGAAAUUGAUAAUAUGGAUGCGUCAACUUACCCAAACUCAAAAUACCCAAAAAUUUUAUUAGCGAUUUUUUAUAGCUAGAAAGAGUCUUGAUUUCUAAUGCCUAAAAGUAGUAGCUAUGGUUAACUAGGUAGUAAUUUAUAUAGCUAAUUAAGGGCGUUUUCAGGCGUGUAUAGAACCCGCAACCUCCGCGACCAACGAUCACGGAUUCCGGGGAAUCCGUGAUCGUUGGUAGCGGAGGUUGCGCCUUCUACACACGCCUGAAAACAUCCCUUUCAAAAUAGCUAUUUACCUUAACUAAUGGGUGAGGAUCAAAAAGUCUACAAUUUUAUAGCACAUCUGCUGAAAUUUGAUUCGAUUUUGAUCUGUUUUAUAAUCUCCCCGUCGUUCAUGUUGUUCAUCAUUUCGUGAGUGAUUUCGUGCUCUUUCGCGUCGGUCUGCAUGUACGUUCUCCCUGCUCUCGUUCUCGCUAUUCGUGAAAAUAGAUCCCAGCAUUACAAACUUGCAGUUCAUUCAGAUCUCCUCGUUCCCAGAGCGCUCUCGAUCUCGACUUUUAUCGGUGGUCGUACUAUUUUCUCUCUUUCUCGGUCUCGGCAUUUGUGAGCAGAUAGCCCAUUAGCAUUACAAAUUCGAUCCCGGUAGUCUUAUUUUCUCUCUUUCUCGGUCUCGGCAUUUGUGAGCGAUAUCCCACUAACAUUAAAAAAUUCGAUCUCGACUCGUAUUUAUUUUCUCUCUUUCUCGGUCUCGGCAUUUCUUUGUGAGCAGAUAGUCCAUUAGCAUUACAAAUUCGAUCUCGACUCGUUUUGUUCUCGGAGUGCUCGGCUCAUCGCAUCGGUUUUCUCCCUUUUUUUAUUUUUGUCAUUUCCAGCACGUUGUUCUCGUGAUCUCAUUGUUGGUGAGCCGGCACCCCUGUCCACUUUGAGUUCCUGUGUCACGAUGAACAAGCGAGCACUCCCAUCCAUUUCUUCAUCCUUACCUGCUUCACAGAGCAGUGAAGAUUUUGUUGGUGAGACGGCAGGGGCAGUAGUGCUGUUCAUUCUUUUCAGAUCAUCUUUUUCUUCGACACAUCGGUCGUGCGAGUGCUUCUCGGUGAGCGUUUUUUCGUUACGAGUGCUUGAGCGGGCACCUGUCUUCUUCUCUCAACUCAAACCUAGCCUGAUUCCGUGCAAUGUCCUUUGCAUGUUUUAUGCAUGACAAAUUGCGAUUUUCUUUCUUAUUUACCUUAACUAAUAAACGUAGAUUUAACGGCGCCGGAUAGUAAGUCCGGACUCUAAGUAGUUAAUUAAAAUGGCUAGUUAAAUUUUUGGGUAAGUUGAGUUUGGGUAAGUUGACGCAGUCAUAGAUAAUGAAAAAAUAUGUCUUUAAUUGUCAUAGUCGUACGCAUUCAUCACCGGCAUCUACUUGUUGUCGCUAUACUUGAGUUCAGCCAUAGGAGGAGCGAGAUUCGAACGGGCGAAAAGGAAUUUGUAAUGCGCGCCCGCCUCUACGGCAGCGGCAGAAAUGCGCACGAAUCCGUGUGAGGUUGACGUUCCCUGAACGACCAAUGAUCUCGCGACCCGAGCAACGUAUCGCGCUGUUGAUCCUGUGGACACUGCUGCUGUGACGAACACUGUCUGAUCCACUAUCAUGUAGAGACAGACCCCCCGGGGCAAGUGGCUCCUGUGAAAAAGGCGGCGCGCAGGCGCGUGCGUGCGAGCCCAAUGUAGGGCGUGGAGGGCGGCGGGAUGAAAUUUCGAGCAGGGGCUCAAUCAACCCGAAGGCUUCGCCGGGUUUCGCUGGACAAUUAGAAAUAUUUCAUCUCGCUCGAACAAAGGAACUGACGCUACUCGAUUAAAUAGAUUAUAUAAAUUUAGAUGUAGGCUACAGUGACCUACUUAAAACUUCAAUUUGCAGUAUAGAUAUAGAAUAUCUUGUAAAAUAGUUGUCGGCAUCGGCAAGUAGAAGCACGAUACCAAGAAAGCAGACAGAGCAGCGAACAUUAUUGCUGCGUCAGUCAUCUGCAUGGCAAGAAAUGCUGCAAAGUUUAACUUUGAUGAAAGGUUUUAUGUAAAAAAAUGGACUCAAUAAAUAACUGAUCUUGCUAGGCAAGAUCAUCUUUAUAUUCGUAGAGAGCGAGGAAAUCAAAACAACAGGGCCACGUUGUCGCCGAAGACAAAGGCAAAAGCUAAAGCAAAGGCCGAUCCGCUGGCGACCAUUGCAAGCUCGAGUGGCAAGCCGCCAACAGAAGAAUAUGCAGAGCGGUUCGACAAAGUUCUUGAAGAAUUGCCCGAGGAUCUCGGGGAACUCGAGUCCGUCUCCGAACAGGAGGAGUCGUGAUGGCCACAGAUUCUGCAGGCGCAAAGGCAAGAACGAGAGGAAAUGGCUGGAGACGCGGAUAUGAAAGUUUUCUUUUUCCGCCUCCACGUGAAGCGAUUCGCUGCUGGGCCAUUCACUGGCGCGAGCGAGAGACUCUAUCGUCCAUCAAAAGUGCAGCGCUGGCCGUCCAUUGCGGAGUGUCUCACCAUCAGAAGUGCGAACUGCGAGGAGCGGGGCGCACCGCCUCGAGCUCGGAAGUUCGAUCGCUGCGCUAAGUGUACACAGAUAGAGCUUUCGGGUAGCCCAUGGACGCACGAGCAAUUGAUGCGCAUUGAUUCUCACAGAUUUUCUGUAGCGAUCGGCGUGAUCAUUAGCAACUACGUUGCUUGAUAUAAUUUUCAUUUUUACGAGGUCAUGAUAUGCAAGAAAAAAACACCAUAUACAACGAGUAAAUAGCAAUAUUUCAUGCCCUGCAAGAAAUUGCGCUGGAAAAAAUUGCAAAAGUGUGAUCUGAUUGUAUGAUGGUGUUUUUUUCUUCCAUGAUACAUGAGCAGAAAUGUCUGCGCUUGCGCCUGCACC